GAUGCUUGAUAAUAUCGUUUCUUCCUGACGUGGCCGGACUUGAUUGCCGAGUUGCUUUCGCCCUCUCAAACUUUGCUCAGCAGCCACAUUAUAUUAUGCUUGGGGCCCUCCUAGCGUCACUGGGGGCCUCUGGCCCUCGCGCGCUGUCGCACUACUCGGCAUCGACCAGCUCUCUUGCGCUCCAGUCAUCAAUAGAAUCGAUCAAGGAAACGGGCGCUGCAUAUAAAGCGCUAGGAACUGGAUGGAGGUUUUGGUCGGCGGGAGCCGGGGCAUCAGCGCGAGGCGACGUGAACGCAAGCAGUCCAGCGCAGGCGAAGUCGGAUGAAUCAGCGGCGUAUGCAUCAACAGCAGCGCCGCAUGAACCAGCAGCAAGCCCUCUAAACGGCGACGCGCAGCUGUCAGAGCUCCUCGGCGAUGGCGGGCAUCCGGUGGCCUCCGCCAGCGGCUCCAGCGCCCGCAGCGGCGGGGGUCGCUCGCCGCCCAGCGGGCUGCCGCGGCUGAGCCUGCCGCAGCGGGUGCUACGCGAUCUGCGCCCCCCGGUGCAGCCCUACACGCUGGCGCCCAAGCUGGCGCAGCGGCCCACCACCACGCCGGCUCAAUACACACCCUGGACGCCCACGCGCGCGCUGCAGCGGCGCGCCCAUGUGUCGCGGCGCAUGGGCUUCCUGAUGCACGUGCUGGAGCGGGAGCAGAUGGAGCGGGUGCGGGCGGCGCGGCCGCUCCCCGAGUUCCGGGCGGGCGACGUUCUGGAGGUGCGCAUGAUGGUGCCGGAGGCGGAGCGCAAGGUGGUGGUGUACCGCGGCGUGUGUAUUGCGGUGUACAAGAAGGGGAUCCGCAGCAGCUUCAAGAUUUACAACGUGUUCCCGGACAGCGGCGGCGUGGUGCAGCACAUCCCGCUCUACAUGCCCGACCUGGUGGGGGUCAAGGUGGUGGGCCGCAUCCCAGCCAGCCAGGAGCGGCUGUACUACCUCCUGGAGCGGGAGACGGGGACCAGCGACUACACCUUCCAGACCAACGUGUCCGCGGCCAAGUGAUGUGGGCCGGUCUGGUUGUCCUCGGGAGCGCAUUGCAGGCACGAGGCAUGGGGAGCUGCCGGAAGCUCCACGGACCUGCUGGGAGGGGAUAGGAGUGAGCAGAGACGCUGGCGGCGGAGCGUGGCUAGGGGCGCGUUGAGCGUUGGCAUGGGAGCGAGGUCAGGACAGGUUUAGGUAGAUACAUAGCUGCUCUGUGAAGUGGAACAAAGACACAAGUAUGGUCAGGCCAAGGUCACAUAGGGCAUUUCAGGUCAGCGUACAGGGGCUGGCAUGCCGCACAGUUAACAGGGAGGGCGCCUAGCUUGCUGACUGUGCUGAGUCGCGCCGUUUGACCGUGCCUUUGCAACUUACCUGGCAAGAUUUCUUUGUUAUU